AUGACUAAUAAACCUUAUAAUGUGAAUGACGAAGAUAUUGUGGAUAGGAUGAUUCGAUUAGGUGAAUUUUGCCAUGAAAUCAUAGAUUAUACUCUGUUUAGAAUAUUAGAUCUAGGAAGCCCGGACUAUAAGCUUUACUUGCCUUAUUUAUCGCGAGCGUCUAAGGAUCGUUUAUACGAUUACUUACAGAAAGUAUACCUAGAAGAAACGGAAAUCUUAGAGGUAUUUUUAAUCCUAGAAAGGGCUAAAGAGGAACUCCCUUUUAUAGGAAGGCUGUUUAAAACCUUUAAGACAGCUCUCCGUCGGUAUAGUACUUUGGGCUCGGCUGUUAAAGAAAGCCCUGAGGCUUUAUCGGGUCUUGCCUAUGCCUCUCUAGUACCUAUAAGCAUAUUAUAUCCGAUAGGUAGAAGCUUCGAUGAGCUUAUUAUAGACCCUGCAUUGCCUUCUCUAGAUGACCUCUGGCAGGUCUUCAAUGAAAAUGUGGACUUAGGGAUAGUGGAUUGGGAUAGCUUCUUUGCCGAGUCGGAUAGUGCAUUUCUAUCUAUGUAG